AUACAGAGAAUCCGACGCUGACUAAUGCACAAUGCGUAAUAAAAAAGAUGAUACGUCUGCGGAGUCAAGGCUCAGGACCUUUGCGUCGCGUUUCCAGCCAGGUGUAUACAAAUAAUUAGGAGGCGGGCGCACAAUCUGAUAUAAUAUUCCUCUCCGAUCGCAAACGCCGGCAUUCGUUCCCUGGCAUUUGCUGAAGAUGCAGCAACACGCGAUACUUGUCCUCCUCUCGUCGCUUGUCAUUGCUGGACUUGAGGCACGGGGUGUCCCAGCCGUCCUGCGCCCCUCGGACAGAACCCUCUACAUCAGGAGUAUCCCAGAGGUCAAAGGGUACAACAGCCAGAUCUAUGAGGUUCUCAUGACACCCUUUUCCAGAAAGGCGGACGCGGAAUCGGCGGUAGGCAAAAAAGCCGUGGCGGUGCUAAGAUCCCUAGAAGACAAAUUGCACGGCGAAAUCAUCGUCAAGGAAGAUGCCGGCGGCGCGAAGAUGCAACUGCGCGCUGAGCUGCACGGACUCCCUUCUGGGCUCAACCUUGGCCUCUCGGUACACGAAAAUGGCGAUUGCAGGAAGCUGGGUCCUGUCUUCAAGCCCGACCAGCCGGCCAAUUCGAUACCGAGCCCUGAAAUACCCGCCGGCUACCUGGGUUCCUUCCAGGUGGAUGACGAAGGAAAGCUAUUGGUGGAGAUGACUCUGGGCCCAAAGCUGGCCUUCAGCGGACAUCGAAGCGUUUUAGCCCGCGGAAUCGCGUUCCACGAUAUGAGCAAAAAAGAGUCAACCUCUGUUGCUUGUGGGAUAUUGGGGAGAUCGGCGCCUUCAGCGGAAGAGAGCGCCGCUGCGAGGAGAAGAAGGCACCACUUUGGACACAAAUAAUAACAAUGUAAUGACACCGUCUUAGCCAAAAGUUUAAUACAUAUUAUUUGUAUGAAUUCAGUAUAUCAAUACUCUGAGCAAUUGUUUAUUAAAUAAAGCACUCAAAACUAUA